AUGACCGUAAGGCAUCUUUUUGGAAGGAAAGGAAACCCAAAUGACAUCAAUGAAAUACUCACCGGUAUGGAACAGAAGGCUGCACGUCAUGAAAAAGAAAUGCAAACUAUUGACAACAAAUUAGCAAAUAUUGCAAAAAGACUUAAAGAUCCAAGCGUCACACAGCACAUGCAACAAAUUCUCAAAAAGAAAGGCAUGGAUCUUCUAAAGCGACGCAAAUAUCUCGAACAAUUAAAUUCGAAACUCGAAGCUGAUCAAAAUAAAACCAUUCAGUUAUCUUUACUUAAAGACACAAUGGAAGUUCAAGGAAUGGCACACGGUGCGGUUUCUUCAACUGCAGAAAAAUCAAAUUUAUCAAAAGUCGUCAUCGAAGACUACAAUCAAAUGGAAAUCAACAAUGCUGAUUUCGUAAAAGAAAUAAAUAAUAUAUGCGACAUCCUCAACGAUAUUUCUAAUGAAGAAGAAAAUGAUGACAUUGAUUCUGAUUUCUUUACACUCCAGACAGAAAUGACAACUAGAAUGCCAUCUCUUGAUGGACUUGAGCACUAA